AUGACAAUAGUCCAGCGAAAACACAUCGUGGCUUACUGCCUUCAGCUAUGGGGUCACCUGCGCCCCCUCAUCACCCUCUGCGCCCGCCUCGUCCAACUCCGUCCGCACGUCUACGUAACGUUUCUGUGCUCCACCAGCGUCUUCGAGAGAGUAUGCAAGGAGCUCGCGCGCUGUUUCGACGACGGCGCACCGACCGCCGAGGAGGCCCAGCGCAUGCGGGUCAUCGCCAUCGGCGACGUCGCGGCCGCCAGCAGCCCGAACGCUGUGAAAGUCUUCACGGACGUUUGGCAGGCGCUCCUUCGCGAAGAGGACCUCACAUGUCAGCAGACGGGAACGCAAUAUGGCGCCAUGCCGAAGCCGUUGGCGGCGGUCAUCGACUUCAUGGCGAUUCCCGUGUACGAAGCGAUGCGCUCACUCAAGGGCGACAAGGUCAAAAUAUUCGCUUGGGUGCCCGCCAUGCAGUCCCCUUGGUUUCAUUUUCACGGCCCCAGGACUCGUGGUGGGCUGGGAAACGUGCGGGCCCAAGUGGAAGACGAAGUGCGCCGGACUGGGAGAACUUAUGAAGAGAUCGCGUUAGAGAUAGGGAGGCGCGGCUCUGGGAAAGUCAUCAAAGUUCCGGGGUUGCCGAUGAUGCACGACUAUGAGAAUAAUCCGCAGGAUUAUCCCGUGCCCUCAAGUUUCUAUGUCGACGUCUUUCCCAAGAUACAUGAGGCAAUGGAGAUGAUGGAUGGUUUGCUCAUGGCUUCUUCGACGUCAUAUGAGCCUGAAGCUGUGGCCGAAACCAAAGCGUGGAUGCGGAGCAUAGGAAGAUUCGCGUAUGUGACGGGGCCUCUUCUGCCUUCUACGUCCAGGAAAGUGUCGGCGAAAUUCGAGAAGAGACAGUCGCUCAAACCCGACCGGAUUCAAACGUUCUUGGACGAGACUCUCGUCGCUGACGGGGAGAGAUCUUUGCUCUACAUCUCCUUUGGGUCCUUAUACUGGCCCUCGAGUGCGCCAGAGAAGCUUUGGGCGUUCAUAGACGUGGUCAUGGAGCGAAAAAUUCCCUUCAUUCUCGGCCACGCAUCACCUCUGGCCUCCAUCCCGAACGAAGCUCGCGACAAGAUCGAGGCGUACGGCAAAGCCCUCCUCUGCCCAUGGACUCCCCAACAGCUCAUCCUCAACCACCCUGCGACGGGCUGGCUCCUUUAUCACGGCGGCAUGAGCGGCGUGCUCGAGGCGAUCUCCGCCGGCAUCCCACUCAUCCUCUGGCCGGCGUUCGCGGACCAAGAGGCGAACGCGAUCAUGCUCUCGGAGAAGCACCGCGUCGGAUACGAGCUGCUCGAGGUGCGCACGGGGAUGGGCCUCCGGCCGAUCUGCCGCACGGGCUACGUCCCGGUGGGCACCGUCGAGGCGGUGCGGCGCGAGGCGCGGGACGUGCUCGCGCGCGCGUUCGGGGCGGACGGGGCGCGGAAGCGGAAGCGGAUGGGCGUGCUCCGGAGGGCCGUGAUGGGCGAGUGGGACGCGGAAGGGGAGUCGAGGCGGGACGUCUGUGCAUUCUUGGAUAGCCUGUGA